CCGCCCGCCUGUGUGUCCGCCCAGAUCGUCCUACCCGCUGACUGCCGCGCUCCGCCGACUCUGUGCUGUGCAUGGGGGGUGCAUGGCGGCCCGGGCAUGGCGCAGCGGCAGCCGCUGAGGUAUGACCUGAUUGCUGCCUAUGCUGUGGUACUCCUCAUUACGUAGGUGCAGCGGAAACGACUGCGAGGUGGGCGCUGUCACGAUAAGCAUGAAACCUUUAUGACAGAGUCGCCCAGGCGCAUCUGGUAGCUGUGCAGUGAAGUGUGCUGGUCUCCACGCAUGCCGUUCCUCGGCUCCAAUAUGUCCUCAAGGCUCUCCUCCAUGUUUUACACUGUGGAGGUUGGCGAUACCAAGUUUACUAUCCUCAAACGUUACCAAAAUCUGAAGCCCAUUGGAUCUGGAGCACAGGGUAUAGUUUGUGCUGCUUAUGAUACAGUAACUCAGCAGAAUGUGGCAAUCAAAAAGCUUAGCCGUCCGUUCCAGAAUGUGACUCAUGCAAAACGUGCUUAUCGAGAGUUUAAGCUCAUGAAGCUUGUCAAUCACAAAAAUAUUAUUGGUUUGUUGAAUGCAUUCACUCCACAAAAGUCAUUGGAGGAAUUCCAGGAUGUAUAUCUUGUCAUGGAACUUAUGGAUGCCAACUUAUGUCAGGUCAUCCAGAUGGAUCUGGAUCAUGAACGAAUGUCUUACCUGUUAUAUCAGAUGUUAUGUGGCAUCAAGCAUCUCCACUCGGCUGGCAUCAUACACAGGGAUCUUAAACCAAGCAACAUUGUUGUUAAAUCAGACUGCACACUUAAAAUUUUAGAUUUUGGUUUAGCGAGAACAGCGGGGACAACUUUCAUGAUGACACCAUAUGUUGUGACACGGUACUACAGAGCUCCCGAGGUAAUCCUUGGAAUGGGUUACAAGGAGAAUGUUGACAUCUGGUCUGUUGGCUGCAUCAUGGGAGAAAUGAUCCGUGGAGGUGUUCUGUUUCCAGGCACUGAUCACAUUGACCAGUGGAAUAAAAUCAUAGAGCAACUGGGCACUCCGUCACAAGACUUCAUGAAGAGGUUACAGCCUACAGUGCGAAAUUAUGUAGAGAAUCGACCACGGUAUCCCGGUUACUCAUUUGAUCGGCUGUUUCCUGAUGUCUUGUUUCCAUCUGAUUCAUCCGAACACAACAAACUGAAAGCAAGUCAAGCUCGGGAUUUGCUGUCAGGCAUGCUUGUAAUUGACCCUGAAAAGCGGAUAUCAGUUGACGAAGCUCUUUUACACCCAUAUAUCAAUGUGUGGUAUGAUGAAGGAGAAGUAAAUGCUCCUGCUCCGGGACCUUAUGAUCAUUCCGUAGAUGAAAGGGAGCACACUGUGGAGCAAUGGAAGGAACUAAUUUACCAGGAGGUUAUGGAAUACGAGAUAACUCAUGGUCAUAAUGCUUUGAGUUCCGCCCACUGCACUGCUCGUGGUCCUGGUUCUGAAGAUCAAGAAGAUAUGGUCGAUGGGCAGAGAGCUGCCCGUCGGUAGACCCCUUUGCGCUCAGCUUUGAAGCUAUUGGUUAAUCCUUGAAUUAUGAUGUAGUUAUCUACUCGAGAUUGAGAAUAUUCUUAGAAAGAAUGCUGCAUAUUGCUAUGAACUGUAUGUUUUGUUGAAGACAAGAUUGCCUUCCUUUCUGAGAUGUAUUCGAGAUUGUAAGAAUGACAAGCACUUCUACAUGUGAGCAGUGAUUGUAAGACUGAUGAUGCCGCAUAGUGUGUGGUGUGUUGUACAAAGAGUUACCCUACGUUUAAAUAAAAGAUACAGCCCAGCUUGUUGUGGAAAGUAAGCAGAAUGAUAUAUUUCAGUGGUGGCUUCCUUACUGAAUGUCAACAAGUUCAAGUUGCUGUGUAUGAGCCAGUCAGCGUAAAAUGUUAGUGUUGUGUAUGUGCUGAUGCAUUAGAAGGGUUGGAACUGCUUGCUCUUCCAGUUUCCUUAAAAAAAAUUUAUGUUGACUUAGUAUGAUAGUAACAUCCUUUAGGAAAAAUAUGAACCUGUUCCCCCUCCAGUGCUUGAAUGCAUAUUUGAGUUGUUUACAUAAGCGCUGGUAAGGGAAAUAUGUAUUAGUACAAAAAAAUAGCUGUACCGAGCAGAAAUACAGAAUGGAAAUUAAAUAUCAACUGUUACAUUCUCACCUCUUUAGGAAUUAGCCCAACUCUUAAUAUCUAUUACUGGUCAGUAUAAAUAUCCUUACUCGUAACAGUUCUCUGAGAAUUGUUUUUGUGAUAGUCUAGCUUAGUUCUACCGUGAAUUCAACAAAAACACCAUUGUACGAGUUGUAGAAGUGCUACCAGUGGUAUCUGCUAAUAACAUUUUACCAAAAUGUGCUCAUUUGUUUGAUUUUUGAAGAGUAAGACAAUUUUUAUUGCUUGUUCAAAUUUUGGACACUGUUUCCACAUUUGAGACAAGGAGAAGAACUUGUGGUGUGAAUAUAUUUUUAUUGUUGUUAAAAUGUUCAAGAUGACAUAAAUAUGUUUUUAUAAGAGUGGUUCUGAGUGGUGAUAAGAAUGCACUGAUCUAAAUAGUUGAGUGAACGUUGUGCAUCAUUUUUGGUUCAGCUGUUUCAGUCUUGAAAUGCUAGUGAUCUUUUUCCUGUUAUGUAUGGAACUUCCAACAGUCCGGUCCAGUAUGGUGUAUUUGUACAUUACAGUGAACUUAAACAAGGACAACAAUCUGUGGUGUUACUUUUUUUUCAUAUUUUAUGUUGUGCAUAGCAAAGUGACAUUAAUACAUAUUUGUGUGCUAUCGUUUUUCUUUCCCAGUUGAAGAUUAAUGUUAUUUCUGUAAGGAAAAAGAAGGUGAAACUUGUGUUUUUGAUUUACCCUUAAUGUCUGUGAUUUUUAAUAGGGCAAGGUGAAAUGAAUGUGAGAUAGUUAAGUGAGAACGUAUUUAUCCCUGCCCCUCGUCCAUUGACCACGCUGGUGGCCAACAGCAGGGAUCGCUCUACACCUUAAUGUAAUCAGUUUGUCGGUGUCCGUGUGGGCUACAGAAGUGUCAGUGUUUAGUAACAGACAUUGCCCCCAUAUGAAUGUAGAACUGCCACUUACCUUUAGUAAGAUAUGAUUUUGAAGUAAUGAGUCAACCUAAAAAUAAAAAAAUAAAAAAUAAAAAGUUAUACUCUUGCACUUGUGGAUAUUCCACAAAAUGUAAAUAUGGUACCGUUCCGUUCCUUUUGUGAAUAAAGUAUGUAAAUCUAAUUAUUAUAUAAAUAUGAGUAUACUGUAUUUCCAGUGUAGUAUAUUGCAGGAAAAUGCUGUAGAAACCUUUUAAAACGUCAUGUAUGUGAUUUAAGAAGGCAUAUAUGAAAUUUGUUUCAGUAAAACUUUGAUGCCUCAGUACUGUACUUAUUAGAAAAUUUACAAUAAGUUUGUAGCUCUUAUAGUAAUUAUAAUAAGGCUUGUAUAAUUUGAGCACAUCCUCUUUUAAUUGGUUUUUAUCCAUUAUAGCAGACACUGUGCUCAGAAUUUAAAUGAAAGGUGCAAUAUCAAAGUAAAUGCUGAGCCUCUUCCAUAUAGAUGUUGUUUAGGUCAUUGACUGAAGUUAUUUAUUCAUCUAAUUGUUUAGGCCAAUGAGAUGACAGUACAGAUAUAUGGCAGCAAGCAUAUUAUUUGUUGUCUACUUCUUUAUGUCUGUAAUUCUAAACUUCAUGUGAAGUCGUCUCUUUGUUCUUUAUUGUUAGCAUCUUUCUUACAUCAUAAUAUUGCAGAGUUCUGAAGAAAACACACUUCCAUAUUGCUAUAGAAUUCUGUUAAUUUUUCAUACAGCUCUUGACCACAAAUCCCCGUAUGUGACAGAACAGGAUUGUAGGUGUUCAUGCUGACAGUAAAACAAAGCAGGUUUAAAGUGGCAAGGAUAAUUUUUUAAGCAAGAAAAGUAUUAAGAAAAACAGAAGUUGGUGUUUUAACAAAUUUAAUGUAUUCUGCACAUUAAAGACUUCCACAUUAACAUUACAUUGCAUUUGCCAUGGAUACUGCAUUGCUAAAAAGGCAGUUAUGUGUCUGCUGCUGAAAACAUAGUGUUUCAUUUGAUUUGACUGUACACAAUAAAUAUAAUUUUAAUGCUUUGGACAAAUGAUAAACAAAAUUUUGCCAUACUAUCAUUAUUUUUUGUGACUCAGUAGUUCGGUCACUUUAUGGAUUUUCAUUAACGGAUUCCACAAUACUAGGCAAUUAGUCUAGAUUCAUAGAAAUUUUAACGUUUUUGUCUUUCAGUGAUCUCUCUUCUAUUAGACAUAAAUCGUGCUAAAAUGUAUGCUAUAGAAUUUAAAAGAGACAUUGUAUAUGUUAGCAUUGAUAGUCCUACUCCCCACAUUUUAAUUUGAUUAGUAUGUUGGUAUUAUAAAUAAUUAGUUGAUUCAUGUCAUACAUUUCCUUUUUUCUUUGUACAUGGGCAUGGAAGGGAGAAUCACUGGUAACAGCUAAAUUUGACACAUAACAUUAAUUGACUACUUUUGAAUUAACAGUUAACAAAAUUCAGAAUUUGCAAAUGAUGAUCACUUUUUGAGAAACUACAUGUUUGCUCCAGCGUAUUUGAUAUACUGAACAUACAUUAUUGUAUGUUGUGAACUGAUGUAUUGAUAAAUUGUAUGUUUUCAUAAAUAUGAACAAACUCUGAUGUUAAUUCACUUGAUAGCUGUGUUUUGUUUCUGUACACCAAUGUUCACCCUACUCCUAAAAUAACAACUGCCAUUACAAAAAAGCAAGUGCAGUAUAAUGCAAAUUUAAGUAUGUUAAAUAAAAUUAUGUUUCUUGUACAUGUUAAUAAUACUUUUGUAACUGAUAAAUUGCUGUAAAGGAACUAGGGCAUCUCUAUUUUUUCAUGUGAUACGGAGUUUGAACUCCAGUACAUGAACAACGGCUUUUCAAUGAGUUUCAUAAUGUGAUUGCAUGCAAAGAGAAAGAUUUAUCAUUACUGCAGUGUGGACCAAAUUCAUCACCUAUUUUAUAAAAGUUUAAUUUUUUGAAUAAUCAUAUUUUGAUACACAUGGGCAGCUGUUUCUAUGAAUACUGUCAUGUAAAAAGUCAUAAACAAGUUAAAUAUUUCAUUUAAUCUGAUAUUGGUUUGAUUGUUGAAAAGUGCAAUAGAACAUUGUAUUCUGAGUGUUGUUAAUGAAAGUAACGAUCUUUUAUUUAAAAGACUGAUGUUUUCUGUUGCAACAAGUGGACUAUUUCCUUCAUUUUAUUGUUUGUCUACUUGUUUGUUUUAUACCUUCCUUUCCUUUAUGUACAAGGAAAUUUAUUUCACAAAGAAAAUAUUUUUUCCAGAUAGUUUAUAAAUACCACCUGUCACUUAAAAGUUUUCAACAUUGCUAAUGUGAUGCUGCUUCUAUUAUUAAAAAAGUGACUCCUUUUUACAGCAUAUGCACCCAUUAUUUUGCUACACAUAAUUAAUGGUUGGCAGCUUCCUCAAGCAAAUUGCACCAAAACACCACCUGUACCAGCCAACACUUUAUUAAAACAAUGCAAAUACUGAAACUAUCCUUCAGUUUUGUACCUAUACAGUGACAUUCUGGAAGUUAAUAUGAAAAUUUCAUGCUUCAGAAUAUUUGUAGAUACAUUUUUGUACAAAAUUUCAGAAUGUGGAAUAAAUUGGAAUUCAUUAAA